UGGAACCGAUGAAGUGAGAGAGCGGGCAAAGAAGCGGCGACCUGUUUUGAGAGUUUUUUACCGAAUGGGCGCCCAGUGCUAUAUAGAGGAGGCCCAACCCAGUUAGCCUAGACUCGCGAAGCAAGGUUGCCCAGGGGGACCACCGCACCGCCCAGCCUUUUAGUACAGACCGAACGUCCAACCGAGACGACCAUGACGCAGCGCCCGACGACCCCGCUCUGCUUUCUGUUGCUCGCUGCCACGGCCGCUGCGAUCGUGGCCAUCGCAAGCGCACAGACCGCCGACGACAACAAAAUCUUGGUAUCAGCCGCGUGGCUAUGCGAGGGUCUGGAGUGUCCUGAAGGCAAAGAGUGCACACUGGAGCAGCCCCAGUGCACAUCCGAGGACUGCUCCCUGAAGCCGUCAUGUUCCCCUCGACUCGAGAACUGCAAACCCUGCAAUCCAGGCUGCGCCCACGCCAUCUUGAACCGAGGGGCCAGCUCGGGCUGCCACCCGUGCCUCUGCGAAAUCGCCGUUGUGCGGAAACCGGAAAGACUGGAGGAGGCUCCAUCAGGCAACGGCAGCGAAUGAUGAACGCUCUGAGGAAACCGCCCGAGAACAGCCCGCCGCACAGCGCACCAGCGACAAAGCUCACGGAGGAUUGUCCUGCACAGCUUUUGUCUGUCGAGUCAUUUUAUAAGCACCAGCUUUUACAUUGAGCUUCGAUAGCAGCACAUAAUAUUUUUUGAUGAGUGUCUUUAUUUUUGUUUUUCAGAUUGUUAGUAAAUUUAGAGAGAUCAGAAUACGCAAAAAAACCACUCCUAUAUUUACACUGUAAAAAGCAGAGAGAUAAUAAACACGUUUGUGUUGUUUGUUUGUUGCACAA